GAACCUCCACAAGGUCGACAAAACCACCACUCUUCUUGCUUGCACCACAUCUUCGCGCUUCCGAUGACUCCGCCAUAGGCGUACUCCGACACGUCGCCCACAUCGAGACCGACAUCGAGAUGGAAGUCGAUAUGGUCAAGCCAGAAAGAUUCUCUGCCACCGAUGGAGAAUCGUCUCGUAUAAAGUCAGACCCGGGCAAUGCAUCACAUCUCACCUCUGGCGGGCCACAUACCGCCGCCAACAAUCAGGGUGGCUCUCAGUCGCGCGCCUGGAGUCCUUCACCUCAACCGCAUGACCUUCUCCUUGCGCCUCGCCAAGAUGCAAGAUACGGCGCAACCGCUGCGCAUUCCCACGUGUCUCAAGCAAAUCACGAACCUGGUCAACAUGACCUGGCUCACCCCGGAUUCCCCCACCUGCUCCCAAACGCCGAACCAUAUGACGAAAGAGAACAAGAAGCAAUUCGCAACCUUUUGGACGUGCCUGAUGUAGACAUACCCGUGUGGGAUCGCGAGCGUCAACCCGUCGCUCUACAGAAGAAGCUCAUGGCACAUCAACAAGUCGGAUUGACGUGGUUGAUCAAUCAAGAGGAAAGUACUCACAAGGGCGGCAUCCUUGCUGAUGACAUGGGACUGGGCAAGACUAUUCAGGCCCUUGCAUUGAUCCUGUGUCGUCCACCUGUGGACGGUACCCGCAAGACUACGCUUAUCGUCGUUCCUACAGCCUUACUCCGCCAGUGGGAGCGCGAGAUUGAGGACAAGGUGAAGCCUAACCACAAGCUCAAAACGGUCAUCUUCCAUGGUGCGAAAAAACGGAAUUUGACCGUCGCAAGGCUGUUGUCUCAUGACAUUGUUCUAACAACCUAUGGUACUCUCGCCCAUGAGUACAAGCAAAUCUACGAGCAACGGAAGACCGCAGCAGCGGUUCUCUUAGCACCCCACGCCAUAUUUCACCGCAUCAUUCUAGAUGAAGCCCAUAAUGUCAAGAAUCGAAACUCACUGUCUUCCAAGGCUGUAGAUCGCCUUCAUAGUACCUAUCGACUUUGCAUGACCGGAACACCCCUGAUGAACCGGCUUGAUGAACUUUAUCCUCUGAUUCGCUUCCUUCGCAUUGAGCCAUACCGGCAAUGGGAAAACUUUAGGCGAAAUUUGUCGUCCAUUAAGGGGGGUGAGACCAGAGCUUUGAAGCAACUUCACGUACUCCUUGGCCGCACCCUUUUGCGCCGCACCGAAAAAACCAUAGUCGAUGGCCAGCCCAUCUUUACCUUACCAGACUUGACUGUUCAGACCGUCCAGGCUGAAUUUGACGAAGAUCAGUCAGAAUAUUACCAGGCACUCGAAAAACACUCACAGUUACGAAUGAACAGAUACUUGAGGGAGGGCACAGUUCUGAGAAACUAUUGGUAUAUCCUUCUCCUAAUCCUGCGACUCCGGCAGUGCUGCUGUCAUCCUCAUUUGAUCAAAGAUCAUACCAUUCCUGAGGGUGUGAAUAUGACAUCUGAGGAGAUGACGGACCUCGCCUGUACGUUAAAGAGGCCAGUUGUUGACCAGAUCAAACGUCAAAAGACCUUCGAAUGUCCAAUGUGUGGAGAAACAACUGAAUACCCCAUCAUCAUUUACCCGUGCGGACAUCACAUCUGCGGCGCCUGUAUAACGAACAUGGCACCAGUAGCAGAAUCUGGCAUGGAUUUCUUUGAGAGCGAUAGAGACGAUCCGGUAUUGGGGGCUUGCCCUACGGAGGGGUGCAACGAAUUCAUUGACUCGAAAUUAGUCAUUUGUUACAAUAAUUUUCGCGAGGUGCAUCUCUCUCAUGACGACAAGGGAGACCGUGCUUUGGGCAAGAAGGAGGAAGAAGAAUUAGAAGACGAUGACGAUGCGGAUAAAAACGGGAAUUUAAAAGAUUUCGUCGUAUCAGAUGACCACGAAAGUGAUAAUGAGGAUGAGGUCGAGUCGGGUGAUGCCUCACUUUCUACUAGUGAGCCUGACGCAAAACGUACAGAAGAUUCUAGUGGUGCCAAGUUAGAGGAGAGCUCAAGAAGUGACUCGCGCGUCGAGCAUAGCCCAGAACGUUGCCUAGUCCCAACAGCUGCUGUAUCGGAGAGCGAUGCGGAUGAUUCUGAUGACUCUUUGCCACCCAUUGACUCAAUCUUUAGUCAAAUUAGGAAGAAGGUAGAAACCAAGACCAGUCCCAAGGCACCACUUACAGGGCUUUCCGCCACAAGGCAAAACAAGAGGAAUAACCUCCUGCGGUCUCUCACCAAAACUGAGCUCAAGCGUGCUAUGAAGCAUGAUCCCGAUUCUGAAAGUGAAGCUACAAAUGAAGACAUCAGUGUGGUUUCGCGACAGAAGAGGAAAAGACGACUGGGGCAAGGCAUAGCCAGACCGCAGAAGAGGUCGAGAAAGGGCAAAGGUCGGCGGACUGAGCUCACCCUAAGUGCUCUUAAGUCAAACUUGUCCAGCGCCGCUGCCAAAGAACGAUAUUUCAAUGGACUUAGAAGAGAUUGGGAGUCUAGUGCGAAGAUUGAUAAGGCGAUGGAAUUGCUAGCAAUGAUCCGGCGAGAUUUUCCCAACGAGAAGACACUUGUAUUCAGCCAGUUUACCUCUUUUCUCGACCUCAUGGAAAUUCCCAUUUCAGACGAUGGGUACAACUAUCGACGCUACGAUGGCAGUAUGCCCAACGGUGACAGAGACGCGGCCAUUGAUGAUUUCAUGAAGAAACCCGAAGUCAAGAUAAUGCUAGUCAGUUUAAGGUGCGGCAAUGCUGGAUUGAAUUUGUAUGCGGCCACACGGGUUAUUAUGCUCGAUCCGUUCUGGAAUCCAUCGGUAGAGGACCAGGCUAUCAAACGAGCUCACCGACUAGGCCAGACCAAACCUGUCGUUGCAUAUCGAAUCCUGGUUGAAGAGACGGUGGAAGAUCGCAUUCUUCUAUUGCAAGAGAAGAAAAGGCAGCUCGUCAAUGACGUUCUCAAUGCCGAAGCUCGGAAGGGUCUGAGUCGGUUGAGCGUAUCAGAGCUUGCGGGUCUGUUUGGUAUCAACUGGCGCCGCUGAGCAUUAUUGUGUUUUCGAGAAAAUCGGAUGGUUUUGGAAUUGUAUCAAUUCGGCGUUUGGUGGAUGAUAUCCCAUGGUUCUGGCAAUGGAUUGACAUUGCUUUGUACAUGUAUUUUACACGGAGCAUUAUUAGACACUAAAUGGCCUACGCAGGCUGCUGUUGCUGCUACUACUACUCGACAAAUACUUCGACACAUGGCU